UGUCAUCGUAAUCAUUUAAAGAAACAAAUACCAUGGAUUCUAUUUCUCGACCAUAGUAUCCAUAGCUACUUUAUGUAUAUCAAUGAUACCCUUAAACCACAUUUAUUGAGCUACUUACUUAUCAUUCAAACAUUACAAUUCUUGUGAGAAGCCUAGCAACCUUCAUAUAAAACCCCUUACCUCUCUCACUUCACAGCUUGGUAUUCCAUCAUGGCAGAGCCUAACGCUGGCGGCAGUUCAUCGGACAGCCGCCAGAAAGCCACCAGAAAGCGGACCGGAAGACCAUUCAAAUCAGCACCACCACACCAAACUCCCGCCGCCACUCCUUGUGGAGCCUGCAAGUUCUUGAGAAGAAAGUGCAUCCCAGGGUGCAUCUUUGCACCCCACUUCACCACAGACCAGGGUGCCGCCUUGUUUGCCGCCGUGCACAAGGUGUUUGGAGCCAGCAACGUGUCAAAGCUCCUGAUGCACCUCCCGGUGCACCGGCGACCUCACGCGGUUGCAACCAUCUCAUAUGAAGCUCAAGCCAGGUUGUUUGACCCUGUUUAUGGUUGUAUUUCAACGGUUAUUGGUUUGCAAUUACAAGUAGCCGCUUUGCAGACCGAGUUAGCCAUGGUUCAGAACCAGCUCAUAAACAAUAGAGUUUCGGUUGCAACUGCGAUCCAAGGCUCACUUCAACAGCCAACCCCGGUGCACCACCUUGUGGGGUAUACAAAUGGUUCAUCUGCUUCGAAUAAUAACGUGCUUAACAUGAACAACUUUGAUCCUUUUGUGUUUGCCGAUGAAAUGCUUUAGUUGUUGUUUCGUUAU